CUAACUCUAUUUUUUUGUUUUAAAAUGUCAGCAGAUGAUAAGCUCAAAAUUUUAGCUCUUCAUGGAUACCGCCAGAACGCAGAUAUAUUCAAAAAAAUCACCCAACCAUUACUAGAUUCACUGUCUAUGUGGGUAAAAUUUGUGUAUGUUAAUGCUCCUCAUGAAGUUUUUCUUGUAGAUGACCCAGACAAUCUAGACUUCGGAGAGAAAGUGUGUAAGAAACAAUAUGGUUGGUUUUUUAACAGAGACAAUUUAACUAAUCGAGGGAUAAGGAAUGGAGGUCCAGCUAUAGGAUUCCAAGAGACUGUUAGGUCCAUCGAAUCCAUAUUUGAAACAUAUGGUCCCUUCGAUGGAAUUUUAGGAUUUUCCCAAGGCGCUUGUCUUGCAGCUCUACUAUGUGAUCUUCAACAUCGUGGAUUGAUAAAGCCGAAAUUUAAUUUUGCCAUUAUCAUAUCGGGAUUCAAAUCAAAAUGUUUACCACAUAUGAAAUACUUCAGUGAUAUAAUUAGCUUGCCAACAAUGCACAUCCUUGGAGAUGAAGAUGAGAUUAUUCCUAACGAAAUGAGUGCAUCUUUAGCAGAAUGUUUCGAAGAACCUCUUAUUUGUAAUCAUACAGGAGGGCAUAUUGUACCUACGUCUCCUGAGCAAAUCGAAGAAUAUCAGAAGUUUGUCUAUACACAUUACCUAAGCAAAAACUUGUCCUAAUUUUGUAAUUUUCGAUUCACCUCUGAUAAGUUUGUGUUUUCAUAUUUGUAAAUAUAUCCGUUUAAUCCA